AUGGAGGGCGAGGCGAACGGGACCUUGCACCCCUCCUGCGGCUCCAGCGAGCCGCCCUACUCGGAGGAGCUUCUCCGGAGCCUUGACCUACCAGGGAGAUUUCUCUUUGCAACCUUGACUCUGAUGACGCUCAUUGCCAUUCUGGUGUUUAUAGAGGAAGCAGUCUACAUCUACAGGAAAAUCCCCUCUUCCAAAAGAUCAAUCAUAAUUUGGAUUAAUGCUGCAGCUCCAGUGAUCUCUACUACUUCAUGCAUUGGCAUGUGGGUUCCUCGCUCAACAAUGUUUACAGAUUUCACAGCAGGAAUAUUUUUUGCCAUAGUUAUCCACAAGUUCCUGAUGAUGAUGAUUAAAGAGUGUGGAGGGCAGAAGGUGCUCCUCAGACGGUUUGAAAAUGGUCACUUCACCAUCACCACCGGCCCCUGCUGCUGCUGCUGCCUCUGCCUCCCUCGUGUGCCCAUCACCAGGCAAACCCUCUUUUGGCUGAAGCUGGGCACCUUUCAGUUUGCUGUCUUUCGGCCUGUGCUCAUAUUUUUAUCAAUAGUGCUUUGGACUAAUGGCAAUUACGUUCUUUACAAUUUGUCUCCCAAAGGACCUGCGCUAUGGAUCAGCUGCUUCAUUGGUGCCCUCACCCUUUUUGCCCUGUGGGCAGUAGGAAUCAUGUUUCGAAAAGUUAGGAUUCUCCUUAAGUGUAAGAACAUUAUCCCAAAGUUUGCUCUUUAUCAGUUUAUUGUCAUUCUGAACCACCUGCAGACCACUAUUAUCAACAUAUUCGCCACACAAAAAAUCAUCCCCUGUGCUCCACCACUCUCCUCUACAGCAAGAGGAUCAUAUAUUGCCCAACAGCUGCUCAUCAUGGAAAUGUUUCUGAUAACUGUAAUCUCGAGGGUGGUCUAUCGGAGAAAAUACCAUGACCUAGAGCCUCCAGAGUGUGUGGCUGAAGAAGCCGGGGACAAGAAGCAGACUCCUAAGAUUAUCCUGAAUGGUGCAGUUGUUGAAGAUGCAUUGCCAAAGAUUUAGAAGCCUCCUGUGGUCCUGUUAUGCAGGAGCUGUAAGAUCAGCUUCAGGAACUUGUAUAUUCUUGCACCAAAAAUAGCCACUGUCCAUGUCAGAGCAUGGCAUGAAGGCCUGUGAGCUGCAGUACUGAAAGGACCAGCAAGGAUCAUCCUGUUGAUUCUCCAGCGAUGUGUGCAUGGUGUGAGGGUUUUCACACCAUUUAAUUUACUAAGAUUUUAUACCAUUUUAUACUGUUACUGAGCACUUGAUGGUGCCAAACUGUCUUACAAUAUGAUUUUAUUUUAUUUUUAUUUUUUAGCUAUUAGAAUGGCUAUGAUUUAGAGUUAAUUCAGAGUAAUUAUUUUUAAUCUUUUUUGACUUUUAAAAGUCUUAUUUCACCCUGGAUUGCUGUCAUAUGUCCAAUGUAGCAUUUUUUCAUGGUUCCUCCAUUACAAUAGAGCAUCUCUCACUCUACACCAUAGCUAAUUCUGAUCAGUAAAUACAGUCUCAUAUGUUUGUUCUGAAAUCCCCAAAUCCAUGUGGGCUCUCCACCUACAUAAACAACGAUCUCUCUUGGGCAAGACUUUUUACAUUACUAGUCAAUUCACCUCUGAAAUUGGUAAAUACACAGUUACUGACUGUAAAUAUGUCAGGUGUUCUUCCUGUAGACAGCAGGUUCUCUGUCACUGGCCUGGAAAAGGAAAGUAGGAGUUAGAGUCUGGGAUGUCUUCUGGUCUGUGAUGCUACAUGGUGCUUUGGUUGUCUGCUCGGUAAAUGGGGAUAAUGACACUCAGGAUCCUUGCACUAACAGCUCUGUGAGGAUGGGAGCGAUUGACAGGACUCUUGGGGGUCACCAGACAGUUGAACAUGAGCCACCGUGUCCCCAGGUAGCCAAGAAGGCCAGUGGCACCUGGCCUGUAUCAGCAAUAGUGUGGCCAGCAGGACCAGGGCAGGACUGUUCCCCUGGUGAGGCCACACCUCAAAUCAUUUGUUCAGGUUUACAUGACAAAGAGGACAUUGAGGUGCUGGAGUGUGUCCAGAGCAGGGCAAGAGAACAAAGCUAGGCAGAUUAGAGUCACAGUACACUUUGGGUUGGAAGAGACCUUUAAAGGACAUCUAGUCCAAGCCCCUGCAGUGAGCAGGACAUUUUCACCUAGAUCAGGUUGGUCAGAGCCCCAUCCAAUCUGACCCUGAAUGUUUCCAGGGACAGAGCACCUGCCACCUCUCUGGGCCACCCAUUCCAUUAUUUUACAUCUCUCACUGUGGAAAAUGUCUUCCUUAUAUCUAGUCUAAAUAUAUGCUCUUGUUGUUUGAAACCUUUAUCCCUUGUCCUAUUGCACCAGGCCCUGCUAAAAAGGGUGUCCUCAGCUUUCUUGUAGUCCCCUUUAGGCACUGGAAGGCCACAAUAAGGUGGCCUCUCCCCAGAGCCUUCCAUUCUCUAGGCUGAACAGUCCCAUCUCCCUCAGCCUGUCUCCAUAGGCUGAAGUGCUCCAGCCCUCUCAUCAUUUCUGUGGCCUUUCUCUGGACCCACUCCAACACACAGUGGGGCUUUAUUUAUGGCUUACAUUGAAUUAAAACAUUGCAUUCAGUUUAGGAAUUGGUGGGAAAUGAAAUAUACUGAAAACAACUAGUGAACCACUUGAAGCAGAAAUUGGGGCUCACUUAAAAUGCUUUUUUGUUUCUGAUUGAGGUCAGAAACAAUAUUUUCUUUAACAACUGAAGGAUUCCAUUAUAGUAGAAAUUGAAUUUUUUUUGUUUUGAAAUGGUUGAUGCAAUUUUUAUAUUUAAUCUUUUUUUCUAAGUAGGCAGUCUUGGACUGCAUUAAUUUGAGAGAAUCUGCAUUUUUCCCUUGAAAAAUAAUUUAUGUGAGAAUUUUUACUCUGCAUUAGAGUGAGCGCAUUAGAAUAAGUUAGCUGGGAUCCGCUAACUUAUUCUUAACGUGAGAAAUCUUCUUAAUGUAUUUUAACAUUAUGUCUAUUAGCAUAUUCCUAAUGUUGCUUUAUAUCAGUAUAAUCUAGGCCACGGGUACUUACAUAGGCUUGAAGAGCAAUACUGAUUUUUGUAACAGCAUUGGGGAUGGUUGACUGUGAGUACAAUCAGCUUCAA